AUGAAGGUCUGCUGGAUGUGGGGGCUCAAGCUUGGGUUUGUGGACGGGAGACCGGAGUGGGCAUCCGUGCUGUCGAGCCGGCGCCAGCUGGCCCUGCGCCAGCCCUUUCAGAGGUACAGGGCCGUCGGGGUGAGCUUUGGCGGAGCCCAGGAGGCCGUCAAGCUGCUGCAACCAGGCUCGCCCCUGCUCAUCCAACAGGAGCCCGACAAUGAGCACGACGCACAGGCGGUGCUGCUCUGCGACCUGGCCGGGCGCAGGCUGGGCUACGUUCCCCGCGCCGACACCGACCAGUUCCCCCACCCACUGGUGGUCGGGCGGGUGGAGAGCGUGGGGGCCAACCCCACCUCCGGGCUCUGGGGCUUCCAGGUCGAUGCUCUCGCCGCGCUCAACCAGUGGACCGAGGAGGAGGGCGAGGCCUAUGUUGGGCACCUCCAGCGCGGCAAACAGUGGGAGGGGCGGUGGAGCGUCGACGUCUCGCUGCUGACCAGGGAGAGGCUCCCCACGCCGCCGGGCCUGCCGCUGGGGAUUUGA